UUCUUAAUAUUUUAUCGAUAAUAACUACAGCUACAUUUUCACUUAAACUUGUUAGCUUAAUGAUUUGUGCUUUGCUUCCGAAAAGGUGUAAUUUGAGAAUUUAUUUCAGGACAAAAGGGCAAUGCAGAAAGUUUAUGAAGAGUUGGAUGAAGUCAAAGUUGAGAAUGAGAAGCUAAGGGCAGAUUUCAAAAGCAAAGCUGCAUUAUGUGAGCACUUGAAGGAAGUCCAGAAUGAGCAGGUAAGAAAGAUCCAAGAAGCGAGUUUGAGAAUCGAGAAGCAGGCUCAAGAACUUCUUGUAAAAGAAGAAGAAAUCUCAUUGGUGAAGCAAGCUAAUGAAGAUCUUAACGCCAGUCUAAAUGAAAAAGAAUCCAUUAUCAAGCAUUUGAAUGCUGCUAAUGAUAAGCUGAGAGACGAGCGUGACGAGGAGAAUCAGAAAUGGAAGCAGGAAAAUAGAAGGUUGGUAUGGGCUUUAUAUGAGGCAAAUGACAAGAAUAUAGUUCAAGAACAAAAAAUUAAUGUGCUUAAGGCAGAGAUUGAAGGUCUCAAAGCGCUCCUGUCAGUUUCGCAGAAGAAGUGCUCAGAAGCAGAGAAAAAUGCCAAAAGUCCAAAGGAGAAGAGAGAAAGAGAUGAUUUGUUGGUCAAGGCAGAGGAAGACAGGAGGAAGGUCGAAGAUCAGCUAAAGUGGAAGAAGGAGCAGUUCAAACACCUAGAAGAAGCCCAUGACAAGCUUCGAAAUCAGUUCAAGGUGAGAAAGAAAGAGUAUGAGCAAGAAAAGUUUACAUUGCUGGAUGAGAUUUCUUCGCUGCAGACAAGAUUAGAUUCUCAGAUCCGAAUUACAGGAGAUCUUCAAAACCGGUUACAGAUGUGCAACCAAGCCUUGGCUCAUGAAGAAACCCGAAGAAAGUACCUGGAAGUUGAAAAUUCAGAGUUUAAAGCACGCUUUGAAAAUAUUUUUGCUGAAUGCCAGAAUGCAAAGUCACAACUGGAAUGCCUGAAUUCCCAGAGGGACAAUGAAGUUGCAACUUUGAGACAUUUAUUGGGCACAAAGGAGUCAUUUUAUAAGGAAAUGGAAUAUCGAUCAGGAAAACUGGCGCAAGAAAAUCAAGAGUUGAUGACAUCACUCAAAGAACUUCAGGAAGCUAGAAUUCAGGAAGCUGGAAGUUCUUCUUCUCUCUCAAAACUGAAAAACAAACUCAAAAGUGUGGAGCAGAUGUACAAGGAGUGUUCAGCAAAUCUUAGGGCUAAAGAAGCUGAAUGGAACUCUCAGCGGGAGGAAAUGACCAGGAAAUUAAAUGAUUACAGCUCUCAGUUAGAGAGCAAAGAUGUCACUCUUAAAGUGCUUGAGAUGGAACUUGAAGGUUAUCGUUCUUCAGCUGUGCAGUUGAAAUUGCAGAAUGAGGAGAUUUCAGUGAUGUUACUACUGUUGAAGUCAGGAAUGUCUGAGGCCCAACUGAAGCUUGCAAAUGUUGAGGCUGAACUGGGCCUCCAUGAGAAAGAGAGGGUAGAGAAUCUUUCUAUUCUCAGAGAGCAGCUAGAAAUGAAAAAUACUUCUCUGGCCAAUGAUCGGAGAGACAUUGCAGAAGAACGUGAGAGGACAGCAAUUUUAUCCAGGAGGGUUGAUACCUUAGGUCAACUUGAGGAUAAGCAUCAGCUGACGCAGAAAGAGCUCAAUAGAUGUAAAGAAAUGCUUGAUGAAUCAUCCAGGUAUCGACUUAGGUUGAAAGAGCAAGCUUUGCAGGUGGACAAUGAUUCAAAAGAAAAAAUAAGAGAAGUUUGUGAUGCUUUAGAUGUGGCAAAUUCUGAAGUGGUAAAAGAACGGGAGAAGGCAGCAUCUUUGUUAAGGAGAGUUGAGUCCUUGGAUCUUAUUGCAGGACAACGGCUCCAGAUGCAGGAAGAGCUUGAGAGGUAUAAAGAAAGGAUCGAGGAAGCAUCUAGGUAUCAAACACACUUCGAAGAGAAAGCUUUGCAAAUGGAAGGUGAUUCCAGGAAGAAACUUGGAGAAGUUUGUGAUGCUUUAGAUACAGCAAAAUCUGAACUGACUGAAGAACGAGAGAGAACAGCUUCUUUGAUGAAGAGGGUUGAAUCUUUGGAUCACACUGAAGAGCAGUGGCUCCAGACAGAGGAAGAGCUUGAGAGGUAUAAGGAAAUGCUUAAGGAAGCAUCCAGGAGUCAACGUCAGUUAGAAGAGCAAGCUGUGCAUAUGAAAAAUGAAUUUGGAGAGAAACUUCGAAAAGUUUGUGAUGCUUUAGAAACUGUAAAACUUGAACUGACUGAAGAACGUGAGAGGACAGCUUCUUUAAUGAAGAGGAUUGAAUCAUCAGGUCAUUUGGAAGAGCAGUGGGCCCUGAAGCAGAAAGAUCUUGACAGGUACAAGCAAAUGUAUGAGAAGUCAUCUAGGUGCCAACUUCAAUUAGAAGAGCAAAUUUCUCAGAUUGAGAGUGACUCAAAAAGGAAACUGACAGAAGUUUGCAAUGCUUUGGAAAAAGCAAAUUCUGAAUUGGUUGAGAAAAUUUGUGAAGGACAUGAAAUUGAAUUUGAAUUGUGGAUAUGGAAAUCUAUUGCUGAACGAUUAAAAGUUGACCUUGAAGAAAGCCAGGAAUUGCGUAAAGAGUUGGAAACUUCUCUUCUUGCGCAAGUGCAGGCUGGAGAAACUAUGAAGCAAGAGAAAGAUGACCUGGUCCGUAUAACCCAAGAGAAAGAGGGGAGAAUAAUUAACCUCCAGCAGCGGAUAGUGUCACUAGAGGUAGAGCUCAAAACAAGAGAAUUAGAAGCAGUGAGUUCUGCAGAGGAGAGCAUUCUUCAAAUCAUAAGAGAACAGGACAAGAUCUUAGAGGAUCUUCAGAAAGAGAUUUGUUUGCUGGAAGAAGAAUCACUCAGAAGGGAACUGGAAGGUGCUGCAUUUGCACAUAUAGGCACAGAGAGAAAAUUUGAGCAUGAGAAGGAUAAUCUUUUGCAGCUUGUAAAGGAGAAAGACCAUAGAAUAGAUGGUCUCGUGCAGGUUGUGAGGUCAAUGGAAGAAGAUUUUAAUGGCACAUUGAAUUCCUUUUCCUCAGAGCUUGCUGAGAAGCAGGCGCAGAUUAAUUUGGUCCAUGAAGCUUGGGAGAAGAUUGCCGGAGCUGAGAUGCUGGCUAAGCUUGAAAUUGAAGAGAAAAAAUUAAUGAUUGUGGAGUUGGAGAAUGACAUUCAUAAUGUACAGGAGAAACUGUUUUCGCAAGAUAAAUCCCUGUCUGAUUCGAAACAGCUAGCAUUGACCGUUGAAGCUGAACUGGAAGCAAAGCACAUGGAAAUGAAGAACUUGACUGAUCAGAUGGAGGCAAGGCUGAGAAUAUCAGAGGUUUUGGUUGAUGAGCUUAAGAGUGAACAGAAAAAUUUGCUCGACGACAUGAUGAAGUUGUCCACGGAGAGGGAAAUUUUGUUUGGAUUCAUUGGCGGCCUAGGUGAUAGGAUCAACGAGUUCUCCACCGAAGACGCGCAGCUGUUGGGAUUCUUGGGAAGGAUAGUGCAGUCUUUCGACAAUAACCCUUCAGACUUUAUUGGUAGUGAUGAAAAUUUUGACUCUCUAAAAGAGAACAAGAAUAGUCUUCUUCCUUCUCCAGCAGCCAAAAAACCGGAUUUGGUUAUUGAAGAAAGAUCACCAUUUAGACAGCUCAACUAACUGCAAUUUAAGAAGGAAACUAUUAUCAAUACAGCUUGUAGUUGAUGGUUUUCUUUUUCUUUUUUCAUUUUUUCCUUCCCAUUAACUAAGUUUUCCUGAACAACCCAUGCAGUUCAAAGCAUGGACUUCACUUUCCUUUUGAGCUUUGUAUAUGACAUAUUCAUGCAAGUGUAAGCAUUUGUAUC